GGGGCGGUUACUAACCGCAGACCUAGCUGCGACUUGUGCAAAUCCCGAAAGGUCAAAUGCGAUGGAGCAAAACCGCGGUGCAGAUACUGUAACAAGCACGAUUUGGUGUGUGUAUAUAAUCCGAUGAAAAAACCUGGCUUACGCGUGGGGUAUGGCAAAGAGGUGUCGGACCGGCUUGGGUUGCUCGAAGAUAAGUCGGUGGAAUCGGAAUCCGAUAUACGAGGGUUACACUCUGAUAUUGAUCUAUUGAAGCGAAAGAUGGAAUCGUUGGAGAGAAAAUUACUCAGCGGAGUUUAUUUGCCUAAGCCUGCUAGCUCACCUCGCACGCGACACCUUAUUACUCAGCCUCUGGACCCUACCCAACUCCAAACCAAGUACGUUUUGGAAACCUAUUUCAAGAAAGUGCAUCCCCUAUUUCCCAUUCUCCAUCCUUACCACACCUUUGAUUCCAUCUACUACAACCCCCACCCUCACAAAACCCCCUUUGUGUUCUAUGCCAUACUUUUUGCUUCUCUCCGCUUCAUAAAACUUGACAAACUUUCAGGAAUGUUCUCCCCUGCGGAGUGUGAACAUUACUACCACUUUUGCUGUCAGAAGAUCAUGCUCAACUGUAUUAGCGUCGCAAACUUAGACCAGCUCACAGCCAUGACCCUCUUUGCUUUUAGCUCCUAUGGCAGCUUUAACGGGACCGAGACCCGGUCAUUCAUUGCUCUUGCCUGUUCCGGGGCUGUUCAUUUAAAUCUCAUUCGAGAGAAGAAUGCGCAGCCAUUAAGACUCAUUGAUAAUGGCAGUAAUUCCUUCUCCUACCAGUCACUGCGAAGAAGCACAAUCUCUUCGAAGUCAGCCAAGUUGCUUAGCACCCCAGCUAACUGGUUUGAGGAGGAGAGUCGUCGCCGGGUUUUCUGGGGUAUAUAUAUCUUGGAUAAGCUCUCGAGCGUGGCUAACUCAUUUCCCCUGAAGAUCCCUGAGUCUGAAGUGAACUUGCUUCUUCCUGCUAAGCUUUCCUACUGGGAGGAGUCCGAGAAUAAGCGUAAUGGGGAUUAUGAUGAAGGGGAGAAGCCCAUGUCACCUCUUACUGAGUAUCAGAUGAUAGACCACUCCAAUGAGACCUACGAUUCGUUCUCCUACUCAGUAGAGGUGUGUCAUAUUCUUGGGGAUAUCCACUCGUUUCUCCGGAAGCCCCUUGACAUUCUUUCUCUCACACCUGUCCUACAAUGGCAGAUGAACUUCCAUGGGAUAUGUGGGCAAAUAGCCAAAUGGAAAGCCACGAUUCCGCUUCGUUACCAAAAAUUCCUCGACCAAAGCGACAAUGAAGAGGACAUGACAUACUUUUCACUCGUAGAUAUCAACUUCCAUGCCUUGUACCAUAUGAUGAUUAUCAGGUUGCACUCUAGUGUGGGUUACCCCCAUAUCCAAUCAAAAUUCUUCACUUCAACCCCAACAGGGCGAGAAAAGUGCAUUGAAAGCGCUGCAAGAAUUGUGGCCGUAGCCCGCACGCUCACAAGCAACAAGCUCUUCACUAGUGACAUGCAAACAGAUGGUAUCUACUCGCUCAUGGGGCCGCAAUAUGCGUUCUGCCUCUGGGUGGCGUCAAGGUUGUUGGUAGUCGAUGCCUUAACCGAAGGGGGCGAUUUCAGUCCGGACUUGCAUUUCUUAGUUGAUGUUUUGUUCAAGUCAGGGAAAGCCUGGUACUGUGCCACCAAGUACGCCCAGCUAGUGACCUUCUUAAUGAAUGAGCAGUUAGAACUACUGAAAAAGAAAGUGGUGAUGGUAGAAAAGACGCAUGGAGAGAGAACCCUGGCGGUGGAUGACGAGUCAGCAUCAGAUAGUGACGAAAUCGAUGACAGGUAUCACUCUUCGACCGCCAAGAUAUUUUUCGAUAUGCGAUGCAACUCCUAUGUCAUCGACUUUGUGUUGACCAAAAAGAUGGAACAG